AAAUGCCUUGUAUGCUGAUUUUCGAUGCUAUUCUAAUAUCAUUUGCCUGGUGAAAAUAUUUACAUUCAUAGAGGUUGUUAUAUUAUGGCAAAAGCGACAUCCGUAAUGAAGCAAAUUAGAAUUCCAUUAAUUUUUAUCCGUAUGAGAAAGUACUUUAGGGAGUAUUGCAAGUGCAGCAGUAUUCAUGGAUUUCGGUAUUUUGGGGAAGAUCGCACUUACUUUGAAAGAAUUUGGUGGUUUGUUGUUUUCAACAUUGUGGUGGCUGGUUGCGUCUAUUCAAUCACUUUGGUAUACGAAAAAUGGAAUGAUAGUCCAGUAAUAGUGAGUUUUGAUACCAGAGAAACGAAGCUGGACAGCAUUCCCUUCCCAGCAGUCACUAUUUGCCCGGAAACUAAAAGCGUUACGUCAAAAUUCAAUUAUAUUGAUGUUAUGCUGAAAUUGAAAGGCAGAAAAGUCGAUGCGAAUAUAACAGAAAUUGAGAAACGAUACGCCGAAUACAUGAGCAUGAAUUGUGAUUCAAACUGGAAAUUUUCAGGAAGAUCCAACACUUUACCUGCUGAUGAUUUCUUGAAUUUUCUGGACGAAGUUAGACCGAAGACAAUUUUUGCUUCUUGCAUUUGGAGGAAACUUCCUAGAAAAUGUGAGGAUUUAUUUACGCCCAUAAUAACAGACGAAGGAAUUUGUUAUACGUUUAAUAUGCUGGACAGAAAUGAUUUAUUUAAAGAAAACGUAGUACAGUUUAAAAAUUUCAUGACAAAUCCUGCUAAAAAAAAAUCCUCGUGGAAAGUGGAGGAGGGCUAUGUUGAUCAGCCAGUAAAUCAUCAUCAGGGCAUCAAGUUAGAUGAGGAAACUUAUCCAUGGAGAGCAAAUUUUGCGGGCGUAAAAAACGCAUUUGAAGUAACACUCGUUACUAAUAAGGACGAUCUAAACCCAGUUUGCAAGAACGGAAUACAUGGAUUUAAGGUGAUGCUUCAUGCUCCUAUGAGAUUUCCCUUGGUAGGAGAUCAAUAUUUCAGGGUACCGCUCGAUGAAACGGUGCUAGGCGCUCUUCAGCCGGUCAAAAUCACAACAUCUCAAAAUGUAGCACGAUACAAACUUCAUCAAAGGCAAUGUUACAUUGACAAGACAGAUACAAACCCUUUAAAAUACUUCAACAUUUAUUCUCAGCUAAAUUGCAAUUUGGACUGCUUGACCACGUUUACUCUGAAAACAUGUGGGUGUGUCAACUUUUAUAUGCCAAGGACAAAUGGUACGAAAAUUUGCGGUUCAAAGCGAGCACCAUGCAUGUAUAAUGCUGAACAUUAUAUCACGCAUGUGAAAAAAAAGGAUGCGGUCGAUGAAAAGACCAAAACUCCAAAGGGUUCGAGAUGCAAUUGUAUGCCAAUCUGCUCAGACUUAUCCUAUCACAUAGAAACUACGCAAGCUAAAUGGGACUGGCCAGAAACAUUUAAACUACUGUAUCCUAACAACAAAAAAUUCACAAAAUAUGCUCAAAGCAAAAUGAGUUUCUCCAAACUCACUCUCUACUUCAAAGCAUCUCAGUUUGUAACUUCGAAAAGACACGAACUGUAUGGAUUCACUGAUUUCUUCGCCAAUUUUGGCGGAUUGCUUGGCUUAUUUACGGGAGUUUCUGUUUUGUCCAUCAUGGAAGUUGUAUAUUUUGUUACGCUUCGUUUAUUCUUUAAUAUUCGAUUAUAUGGCCGCUGGUUUAUAACUGAGCCUGAACAAUAAAUAGGCGCUAAAUUUA